AUGCUCUUGUGCUCUCGCUCUCACUCUCGUGCUCUUACUCUCAUGCUCUCGCUCUUGUUCUCGUGCUCUCGUGCUCUCUCGCUCUCGCUUGCUUCCUGGGAGAAGUCCGGCCACUGCCCUCCGCCGCUGACCAAGAAGCUGACCAGCCCUGCGCUGUGUGGGACGCUGUGCUCGGAGGACGAGGGCUGCCCCGGGCAGGAGAAGUGCUGCCAGACCACCUGUGGGCACGCCUGCAAGGCCCCCCUGGAAGGUGACGAGCAAGGGGUGGGGGCUCUGGUUCGGGGGCAGGGGGACGCUUCGUCGGGAGGAGGUCGCAGAUCUUCAAGGGACCCAUGCAUUCACCCAGGAGAGGGGAGCAUUUUCAUGCCCCGGAAGGUCACAGGAGACCUAUCCACGGGAGAGCUGUCCGAUGAUGAAAGCAAGGGCAGAUAA